GGCGCGUCCGCCGCUGCAGCGCGAGUGCGCCCGCGGCCCGCGCCAUGGCCCGCCUGACGGAGAGCGAGGCGCGCCGGCAGCAGCAGCAGCUCCUGCAACCGCGGCCCUCGCCCGUGGGCGGCAGCGCGCCCGAGCCCCCCAGCGGGCAGCCCGACGGCAUGAAGGACCUGGACGCCAUCAAACUCUUCGUGGGCCAGAUCCCGCGCAACCUGGACGAGAAGGACCUCAAACCGCUCUUCGAGCAGUUCGGCCGCAUCUACGAGCUCACGGUGCUGAAAGACCCCUACACGGGCAUGCACAAAGGCUGUGCCUUCCUCACCUACUGUGCCAGGGAUUCUGCCAUCAAAGCUCAGACUGCCCUGCACGAGCAGAAGACCUUGCCUGGGAUGGCGCGGCCAAUCCAGGUGAAGCCUGCGGACAGUGAAAGCCGUGGAGGUAGGGACCGGAAGCUGUUUGUGGGGAUGCUGAACAAGCAGCAGUCAGAGGAGGACGUGCUGCGGCUGUUCCAGCCCUUCGGAGUCAUCGACGAGUGCACCGUGCUCCGGGGGCCAGACGGUAGCAGCAAAGGCUGUGCCUUUGUGAAGUUCUCCUCCCACACGGAGGCGCAGGCGGCCAUCCACGCCUUGCAUGGCAGCCAGACCAUGCCGGGAGCCUCCUCCAGUCUGGUGGUCAAGUUUGCCGACACGGACAAGGAGCGGACACUCCGGCGCAUGCAACAGAUGGUGGGCCAGCUGGGCAUCCUAACACCAUCCCUCACACUGCCCUUCAGCCCCUAUAGUGCCUACGCCCAGGCUCUCAUGCAACAGCAGACAACAGUCCUUUCCACCUCGGGCAGCUACCUGAGCCCCGGUGUGGCCUUCUCACCCUGCCACAUCCAGCAGAUUGGCGCCGUCAGCCUUAAUGGGCUACCUGCCACUCCCAUUGCUCCUGCCUCUGGACUGCACUCACCCCCACUGCUGGGCACUGCUGCUGUGCCUGGCCUCGUGGCUCCCAUCACCAAUGGCUUUGCAGGUGUUGUACCCUUCCCUGGUGGACACCCCGCAUUGGAAACCGUAUAUGCCAAUGGCCUUGUGCCCUACCCAGCUCAGAGCCCUACUGUGGCCGAGACACUCCAUCCUGCCUUCUCUGGAGUCCAGCAGUACACAGCCAUGUACCCCACCGCGGCCAUCACGCCCAUCGCGCACAGCGUCCCCCAGCCGCCGCCUCUCCUACAGCAGCAGCAGCGAGAAGGUCCCGAAGGCUGUAACCUGUUUAUCUACCACCUCCCCCAGGAGUUUGGAGACACGGAGCUGACGCAGAUGUUCCUGCCCUUCGGCAAUAUCAUCUCCUCCAAGGUGUUUAUGGACCGAGCCACCAACCAGAGCAAGUGUUUCGGCUUCGUGAGCUUUGACAACCCAGCCAGCGCCCAGACAGCCAUCCAGGCCAUGAACGGCUUCCAGAUCGGCAUGAAGAGGCUCAAAGUGCAGCUGAAGCGGCCCAAAGAUCCAGGACACCCCUACUGACCGCGCCCACAGCCGCCCUGAAGCUGUGGGCUUGGCCCAGAGCCUCGCCUCGGGGUCUGGCACAAGUAGGUGCUCAGUCAGAGGCUAUUAGUUCUUCUCAGACUCUCCCUGGGCGGCAGCUCACAGAUCCGAGUGUAUUUAGCUGCACGGGACACACCUGCGGAAACUGCCAGUUGGAAGCGAAACCCAAGGCCACUCUGCAAUCCAUUCCCUUUUAACUCUCAGCCUGCAAAUCCUUACUGAGCACCUUCUGUGUACUAGGCACUGCUGUUGGCGAUUGGAGACCCACCCACCAAUGAACAAAACAGGUUGGGGUGGAGGGGCAAGACAGAAACUUAAAUAUUUGUCCCCAAAUGCUGAGGAAACAGGCUCAGCAGCAAUGUUAAAUCCUUUCAAAGCCAAGUUUGCUGUCCUCUGAACCCUGGGACUUUCGUUCUUUUGGAAAAGAUGGAGGCCCUUGGGUUGCUAGACCCCAGCCAGGCUGGGGUGAGGGGGUGGAGGAGGCUGGGGAGGUGGUGUCCUCCGCCUGCAUGUCCUGCCACCAUUGUUCCCUAACACCCAUCCCCUUCUCCCCCAGGUGAGGGACCUUCCCAUCCCAGGAGGGUCUCCCGCUUCCAACCGAUCCAGGACUUUUCCGUAAAUUACAACCGUUCUUGGACACCAGCCCUCCCUUCCCUUCUCCCCUUGUGCCACCCCCUCUCCAAAAUGUGAAACACCAUCCCAAAGGCCACAUCGAGUAGGGAGGGGGCUUCUGAGUUGGGGGCAGAGGGUUUCAUACCCUAGGUGCCCUUUGGGAGAGUUCCUCACUCUUGCUCCUGCCUGCCCCCAACUUGGUGGCUUCCCCAAACUAAAUGGCAACUUUUCCUAUAUAUAUAUAUAUGCGUAUAUAUAUAGAGCUAUAGAAGGUAUAUAUAUUUUUUGAGUAUAGAGAUCAUGGGACCAAACUUUGCCAACUUCCUCCCAUCCAAGAGAAGGUGACCCUGGGCCAGUCAUUCAUCAGGGACAUAGGAAGGGCUGAGGCUGGUACUAGCCAGGGGCCCCCCACCUCCUGGCUGAUACAUCUGACCAGGAAUCCACCAACAUGAUAUACCUCCAGGACUUUGGGGCUCCCCAAUUUUUGAAGGCCUUUGGGCUCAGCCGAUUUGAGUGUCCCUGGUCCCAGCAGCAGCUUCUGGAAACCACCCCUUGUCCCUAGGGCCCUGCCUUCCUGGAUGUAGGCAUAGAAGAGACCCUCUGGCUUCCCCAAGCCCUUCUCUGUUCCCCAUCCCUUGUCAAUCAUAGCCUUACUCAUGUGACCAAUAGCCCUUAGCUUUCCGUCGGGGCGGGGCAGAUGGGGUUGGGGGGAGUCCCCCAUUCACCAGCGCCCCCUCCCAAGGGCAGGCAGCCAUCGUCCCUGCCUUCAAAUCACCAGCCUCAAAUUUUAAGGUCUUGUAAUGAAGAUUGCCAAGCGUGUUGGACAAGCCCUACCUGGACUGGCCAAGCACCCCUUUAUUGGAGACAGCGAACUCGAUAGCGACCUUCAUACCUCUACAGAGAUUUUUUGUUUUCUUUUUGGUCUUUCUGAGCAGGUACAAAGAAGAAAAAAAUAGGGGGAAAAAAUCGAACCACAAUGGAUUCUUGUUUCCUAGCUGGGAGUGGGGUGGGGUGGGGGGGUUGUGGGGUACCUCUGUAAAGCUACCCAAUCCAUGACACCCACGUUGAAGCACAGAGUCGAGUUCGUUUGGAUGUCCAGUGGGGCCUCUUGCCAAAUGAGGCGCUGGAUAACUUAAUAAGCUCAAAAAAAAUUUUUUAAAAGGAAAAAAAAAAGCAUUCCCUUUUGUUUCUACCAAAAUGUGUUGACUGACCCAGGAAAACAAACAAACAAAAAAAAAGAAAACAGGGAAAAACACAAAGCAAAAAAAAAAAAAAAAACAAGGAAAAGAAAAAAAAAACCUUCCAAUCAAUUGUUUCUAUAUUCCAGAGUUUGAUAAUUGUUCCCAGACACUCCUAUAGUGUGCCUGUGUCCCGUGCGUCUAUGUGUGCAAGCGUGUGCCAAGGGGCUUUGCAGGGGUCUCACCCAUGUCCCCAGUGUCUGCUGAGCCCCCGUGGGCCUGCUUGGGAAUGCGUGCUGGUGUGCAGUUGUGCGUGUCCUUUUGGUCCAUGUUUACUGGCUGUAAAUACCAUUUUUAUACUCCACAUCGAAGACCUGCGUGAUUUGUAUGAUGUACUUUAUUUCUGCUACAAGUAAUUUCAUGAAGUUUCAAUUUGAAAACUGACUUUUGGGACAAACCAACACUACACACAGACACACACACAAAAAAAAAGAAAGAAAAGGACUUGAACUUUGAGUUGACUUGAUUAGAGUUUUAUGUCAAAGAAGAUUUCCUGAAGCUGGAGAGGUCCUUGUCACUGUUGCGUGUUUCAGGUGAGAAGCAGCGUCGUCUUAAUGUCCAAAACGCCUCUCUUUGGUCUGAAAAAAAAACCUAAAAAUUUAUUUAAUAAAAGUUUUAC